AGAAAAGAACCUGUCAAAAUGAGUGGUCGCGGAAAGACCGGAGGCAAAGCCAGAGCUAAGGCCAAGACCCGCUCAUCCCGUGCCGGGCUUCAGUUCCCCGUGGGUCGUGUCCACAGGCUGCUGCGUAAAGGUAACUAUGCCGAGCGUGUAGGAGCCGGCGCCCCCGUUUACCUGGCAGCUGUGCUCGAGUACCUGACCGCUGAGAUCCUGGAGCUGGCUGGCAACGCAGCCCGCGACAACAAGAAGACUCGUAUCAUCCCGCGUCACCUGCAGCUGGCUGUGCGCAACGACGAGGAGCUCAACAAGCUCCUGGGGGGAGUCACCAUCGCUCAGGGUGGUGUGCUGCCCAACAUCCAGGCUGUGCUGCUGCCCAAGAAGACCGAGAAGCCCGCCAAGGCCAAGUAAACGCAAAGCGCUCGGCUUCACCAACAACAAAGGCUCUUUUAAGAGCCAAA